AUGUGUCACAUUCUAGAAACUAAGCAUGGAGAUGGUGCAAGCUCUGUCUGCUCCUUGGUGAUGACCUGUUCCCUGACAGGUGUUGUGGAGGAGGCUGUUCCUUUUGCCAAAUAUUUUCUUCACCAAUCUCAUGAGGAAAGGGAACAUGCAGAGAAACUGAUGAAGCUGCAGAACCAGCGAGGUGGCCACAUCUUCCUGCAGGAUAUCAAGAAACCAGACCAUGAUGACUGGGAAAACGGGCUGAAUGCAAUGGAGUGUGCACUGCACUUGGAAAAAAGUGUGAAUCAGUCACUACUGGAACUACACAAACUGGCCACUGACAAAAAUGACCCCCAUUUGUGUGACUUCAUUGAGACUCAUUACCUGAACGAGCAGGUGAAAUCCAUCAAGGAAUUAGGCGACCACGUCACCAACUUGUGCAAGAUGGGAGCCCCUGAAUCUGGCAUGGUGGAGUAUCUCUUUGACAAGCACACUCUGGGAGACAGUAACAAUGACAGCUAAGCCUCAGGCCGAUCCCCCAAAGCCACAGCUACUGCCCCUCACCGAGGCAGUGCAUGCAUGCUGGGGUUACCAUUACCUUUUCUAUAAGUUGUACCAGAGCAUCCUAAGUUCUUUUAAUUUGUACCAUUCCUUCAAAUGAAGAAAUUUGGUACCUAAAAAAAAA